UCUGUCUCUCUGUUUCUCUCGGAGCUCUCAUUUUUGAGACAUGGAGGAUUAUCAAAGAUAGAUUCAGGAUUUGUUCAUAUAAUUUCAAUCUAAUGCUUUGAGGUGUUCUCUGAGCGUUUUAAACAUGAGGAAAGAAAAUCUGGUUACUGGUAAGGGUGGAGAGGUUACUGGUCCGUUAACACGCACAAGAUCUGCUGCCUUUCGUGCAUGUGGACAGCGGUCCCCUUUAAAAGCUCCUAUACAACAAAAUCACAAGCAAACUUUGCAAGGAAAUCCAAACAGCACAGACUUGGAUGAGAACAACAACAAUGCUCCCACUAAUGCAUGUUGUAAGCGCAAGAGGAGGGCUGUGCUUCAAGAUGUUUCCAACUUCUGUUGCAAAUGCUCACAAAGGAACUGUUUGAAUGCAGCUAAAAUUCAGGCUAAGAUCAACAAGCCCACUAGAAAAGGUCAGGUUAAGGUUUGCAAAGUGGCACCGUCAGUUGCUCUAGAAGCCCCACUGUUUCAAGCUGCUUCAGAAACAAAGAUUCUUCAAGAAACGGUGAAAAUAGAAUCUAUAUCUAAAGAAGUUAUAAGUUCAAUUGAUUUGGAAGAAAAGGUAUCUCUUCAGUUAAGUACCAUAAGGGAGUGUGACAUAGAUGAUCAUCGGCUUGAAAAUCAGAGUUUUGGAAUGCCUUCACAACCUCAAUUUCCUCCAAAGAAAGUCACAGGCGGCCUUUCUGGUGAUAUGACAAUAUUAAGCAAUCUGGACAUUAUUGACAUUGAUGCGGAUCUCAAGGAACCUCGAUUAUGCAGUAUCUAUGCCCCUGAUAUAUAUAGCAAUUUACGUGUUGCUGAGCUUGCUCGAAGACCAUGUCCUCAUUUCAUGGAAACAAUACAGCGAGAUAUUACUCAAAGUAUGCGGGGGAUGCUUGUUGAUUGGCUUGUAGAGGUAUCUGAGGGAUAUAAGUUGGCGUCAAAUACACUUUACCUCACAAUUUAUCUCAUUGACUGGUAUUUGACUGGAAAUUGCAUUGAAAGACAAAGACUUCAACUUCUUGGCAUCACCUGCAUGCUACUUGCUUCGAAAUAUGAAGAAGGUCAUGCACCUCAUGUGGAAGAGUUCUGCCUCAUCACAGGAAAUAUUUACACUAGAGAGGAGGUAUUGGAACUGGAGAUUCAAGUAUUGAAAUAUUUGGGCUUUCAACUAUUUUCACCUACCACAAAAACUUUUCUAAGGCGAUUUCUUCGAGCAGGACAAGCUUCUUACCAGACCCCUAGUAUAGAACUGGAGUACUUGGCGAACUAUCUAGCCGAAUCAACGUUAAUUGACUAUGGCUUUCUGAAUUUUCUUCCCUCUGCCAUAGCUGCAUCAGCCGUGUUUCUUGCCAGAUGGACGUUAGAUCAGUCAAACGACCCAUGGAAUCCAACUCUAGAACACUAUACCUCUUACAAGGCAUCAGAUUUGAAAAUCAUAGUUCUUGCCAUACAAGAUUUACAGUUGAACACCAACGGUUGUUCUCUGCAUGUCAUACGCAUGAAGUAUAGGCAACAGGAGUUUAAAUCUGUGGCGGCUUUGUCUUCCCCAAAACUGCUUGAAACACUAUUCAGAAGAUAAAAUGGCUGUUGGAUACUGCAAGGGGACUGCUGAAUAUCUCAUUUACUCCAUAAGUUUCUGCCUGAUGUAGAUCUUUAAUCCUCUCUCCUGUCCAUUAAGCUCAUUUUCACAAAUUUUUGAAAUCUUUGUUCAUAGUCUGUGAUCUUGAGUUGGGUUUUAUGGAACCUGUUUUUGUAAAGCUGAAACUUGCACAUCAUCAGCUGUAACCAAGAGUUAAUUCACUACGUUGUAAAGUUUUCAAGACAUGCAGGAAGUAGCUUAAUGUAAAUAUGGCAGCCAAAGCCUCAGUUCUAUUCACUAUAUUUCUUUGUCAUUGUCUUCUGCUUGUAAGCCUUUCAUUCUUCCAAUUUUUUGAACUUUAUCAUUUUUUCCACAACUUUCGUUGUAUUAUUAUUAUUAUUAUUAUAAUAUGAAGCAGAAGUUUCUGGAACUA